GGAGCUGAAGCCACAGGGACCAAAAGAGCCAGGAGCUGGGAGCAGGCCAAGUCACAGGCCCUGGGCUGGCAAGGAGCUGGAGGACUUGAAUGGGGGAGGGGGGAGAAGCGGAGACUAGAGGGAGGCGGGCUUAUGCAAAUGAGCCACUAAUUCUGUAAAAACACAGCGGCCCCAAUAACAGGGACGGUUCGUUACCAUGCCACUGGGCUGUACAGAGCAUGCGCAUUAUCUAUAGCCGCCUCUUCCCUUCCCGCCUUUGCGCCCCGCAGCUGGCGGCGAGCGGAAGCGCGUGGCUAUGCUCUCACGUCCGGUGUGUGGGCGCGCGGGUUGAUUCGCUCUCUGUCCGGGUGACUUGGCUGCUGCCGCCGCUCCCAAAUGGCGGGGCUCAGUGCUAUGGAGAAGAAGUUGGCUGAGUUCAAGUGUAAUACAAAUGAAGCAAUUCAACUGAAAUUAGUUCGUUUUCCUGAAGAUCUGGAAGAUGACAGCACAACAUUUAAUCCUGAGUACAGCCAUCAAGUGUUUGGGGAUGAACUUCCCUGCAUUUCCUUCAGUUCUGUCCUAAGUCUGGUAUGUUUCAUCAGAACCAUCAACCAAAAGAGAGCUUACUUGAGUGAAGUUGCCUUCGGUUACAAGGGUCUGAAGAUCCUUUUAUACUACAAUGCUGGUAACCUGUCAACACUUUUCCGCAUCGAGUAUACAUCUAAAGUUAAUGAAAACUUUGACUGUGUGGAGGCAGAUGAUGUAGAAAGCAAAAUUAGAAAAAUCAUCCCUCCUGGGUUUUGCACAAGCACAGAUGACUUUGUCUCUUUGCUGGAAAAGGAAGUUAAUUUUAAGCCCUUUGGAACGUUACUACACACAUACUCAGUUCAUAAUGAGGAAGCAGGAGAAGACAUAACGUAUCAGAUAUAUCAGGCUUACAUGACAUGUCCAGGCUUUCGAGAAUAUCAUGAAAGGCUUCAGACCUUCUUGAUGUGGUUUAUUGAAACUGCUAGCUUUAUUGAUGUGGAUGAUGAAAGAUGGAACUACUUUCUAGUAUUUGAGAAGUAUAAUAAGGAUGGAGCUACACUCUUUGCGACCGUAGGCUACAUGACAGUCUAUAAUUACUAUGUGUACCCAGACAAAACCCGGCCACGUGUAAGCCAGAUGCUGAUAUUGCCACCAUUCCAAGGAGAAGGUCAUGGUGCUCAGCUUUUUGAAACUGUUCAUAGAUACUAUACGUCUUCUCCAACGGUGCUUGAUAUAACAGCUGAAGAUCCAUCUGAAAACUAUGUGAAACUCAGAGACUUUGUACUUGUGAAGCUCUGCCAAGAUCUGCCUUGCUUUUCCUCAGAGAAGCUAAUGCAAGGAUUCAGUCAAGAAAUGGUGACAGAGGCUCAACAGAAACUGAAAAUAAAUAAGCAACACACAAGACGGGUUUAUGAAAUUCUCCGAUUGCGUGCAACAGACAUGGGUGAUCCAGAACAGUCCAGAGGCUAUAGGUUGGACGUCAAAAAAAGAUUGAUUGGCCCAUAUAAGAAAAAGCAAAGAGAACUUGCCAAGAUGAGAAGAUGUCUGAGACCAGAAGAGUUGACGAACCAGUUGAACCAAAUAGACCUAAAUAUGCAGCAUGAACAGUUAGAAGAGAGCUUCCAGCAACUUCUUUCAGAUUACCGAAGGGUCCUAGAACGACUUGCUCAAGCAUGAGAAUUCUACCUUUCUGUACAGGAAACUUGCAGAUUUCUAUACAUUGUGUUGUGAAGCACAUCCAUAAUUGCUACUUAAUUGCAAAAUCUCAUGUGACGUUUUAAUCACAUUUAAGAUGACUUUUUGUGUGUGUUUUUUUCUGUGCAUUUUGAAUAUUUUCUAUUUUUGUGCUGUAGAUUUAAAGAUGGUUGUACUUAGAUUUUGGGACACUUAUUGCUUAAAUAAACAAGAAUGUAGAUUCUGAGAUGCACUAUCA